GUAAACAAAAGCACAUGACCACAUAACGCAGUAUAUAGUUGUAGCAAUUUUCUUCUGUUUUACGGAUUUUCCAGCCUGCUCGGUCCUACGAAAGCUAGUUUAGGACACUAUUCUAUACAGAGAAGAACCAGAGCACUGACAUGACACAGCCUAUGCACCAUUUCUUCAGGCUUUUGUCUGAAAAUUGGCUGUGGUUAUCGCUCAUUUUAGCAGCUUUACUCUCAAACUUUGCUUACAAUAAGAAAUGGUACAAAAGAAAGAAAUAUAGGGAGCGCAUUAUCAUAUUUAGUCGAUAUCCACAGCCUGGGACCACAAAGACAAGACUUAUUGCAGGGAUUGGAGACUGUGCUGCUGCAAAACUUCAGCAUAUAAUGACCAAUCAGAUCCUUGAUAGAGUAAUUAGUUUUCAAAAAUCUAGAGCAUCUUUAGCCGUUGAACUUUGGUACAAUGGGGGAACAUCACGAAAGUUGGAAUACUGGCUUGGACGGAAAUCAGGCAAAUCAAAAUUUUACUGGAUUCCUCAGAAAGGAGUGGAUCUUGGACACAAAAUGGCCUAUGCUUUCAAAGAUGCACUGCAAGAUGGUUCACAGUAUGUUCUUAUUGUAGGAAGUGAUAUCCCUGCAAUUGAUGAUUCAACUUUGACAUCUGCAAUGACCUUACUACAUAACAAUGUGGAUAUGAUUCUAGGACCAGCACAGGAUGGCGGAUAUUAUCUCAUUGGUCUAAAUUCACAAAUUUUGCAAAAACUUGGCAAGAAAAAGUUGGAUUGUCUGUUUGAAGGCAUGGAAUGGGGGACGGAAAGGGUAAAAGAACAGCAAAUAGCUGUUGCUAAGAAACACAACAUACAUGUAACGCUACUACCAACAAUACUUCAAGAUAUUGACACAGUAGAUGAUCUUAGUGAGUUUGAGAGGUCAACUGGGGUCACACUGAGGGAGUUGACGAGACCAAAGUUGUCAGUAAUUGUUCCUGUUCUGAAUGAAGAACACAAUAUUCAUAAAGUACUGAGAAAUAUAAUUACAAGUUGCACAUGGCCGGAAUCACUUGAAAUCAUUCUGGUUGAUGGUGGAAGUAGCGAUGGCACAAGACAGGAAGCUCAUCUGUUCUCUAAAGAACACAAAGAUGUUAUCAUCAAGAUAGUUUCAAGCAAGAGAGGUCGAGGUGUGCAGCAAAAUACUGGAGUAUCAUCCUCUUCAGGUGAUAACCUAUUGUUCCUUCAUGCAGACACUACGUUGCCAAAGAGGUAUGAUGAGCAUGUGGUGCUGACUCUGGCCGAGCCAGGAGUUUCAGCCGGUGCAUUCCGGUUCGGACUGGAUUACUUGCAUGCAGACAAUCAGGAUAUAGACAAUUAUUCCAGAUUGUUUAGAUGGCAAAUGGAACUGCUUGAAUGGGGAGUAAACUACAGAUCCAUAAAUAAUGAACUGCCAUAUGGUGACCAGGCAAUUUUUCUCACAAAAAGAACAUUUGAUCAAGUCGGUGGCUUCCCAGCUUUUCUGUUAUUUGAGGAUUUUAUAUUAAUAAAGAAGCUUCAGCAAUUGGGACAUGUACAAACGGUGGAAGACGAGUAUGCGGUUACAUCGACGCGUAGACUGAAAAAACAUGGCUACAUCAAGACUGUUGGCUUGAAUAUUUUGUUGGUGUUGGCAUACAGAAUCGGUGUUCACCCAAAUACACUGGCAAGAUGGUAUUACGGAUGUUGAUUAAUUGAUGCCAUUCGUCUAUCCUUUAAAGCCGUACCAGUCUAGAGAAUCUGGGGCCAAAAGUGGGACCGGUCGAGAUCCCCUGAGCUGAUCAAACUAAAAUAAGUAUUUGUUUACAAGUAUUGUUUAGAAUAUUGCUGCUGAUGGAUUUGUUUACAUUAAGUACAGUAUGUAACUCAUUCGAUCUUUGUUGAGUAAGACGUUAGAUUAAGCCCCUGUCAAAACGGGUUGCUUAUUGAUCCCAAUUAGGUGAAAAAAAAUGUAGCUCCACAUGAAUAAAUUUAUUAGAAUGUGUUGAGAAUGAUGUUACUUCCAGUAGAUUUACAGUCAUUUUUGUGGGUGGGGGGACGUUUAUAUUUAUUCCAAGAGAGGCUAUAGGGGGAGAAAUUUAUUUGGGGGGAGAGGGAGAGGGAGUGCGUUAAUUUAAAGCGGGAAGUUUAUUCAAACACGGUAAUUAAAUCACAAUACAAACCUGUUAUCAGGGGUCCUAAGUUGGAAGAAAUCCCGUGUGGGAGAUCUGGUUAAAUGAGCUUUCUUAAGUUGGAAGAAAUCCCUUGUGGGAGAUCUGGUUAAAUGAGCUUCUUAAGUUGGAAGAAAUCCCUUGUGGGAGAUCUGGUUAAAUGAGCUUUCUUAAGUUGGAAGAAAUCCCUUGUGGGAGAUCUGGUAAAAUGAGCUUUCUUAACAUAAACAUGGUGAGACCCAUCGCCAAUGACUUCCAUGAGACAAUUGAUAAUGAAUUAUUAAAAAGAUGGAAAUUAUUAUGAAUUUGCAGGAGGUGGGUUACUUUCCAGGGAGAUUCUUGCAUGUUUGCGGGAGUCUGUCCCGAUUUCCAGGUGACUCGGCACCCAUGUGUUAUGUUUUGACAAUCAUGGAAAUGGGAAUCUUUUCAAAACUUGCAAGACAAAAUAUAAUUGAAGUUUCUUUUUUAAAUAUUUAUUCACAAUUAUAUAGAAAAUACAUGUAAGUGGCUACCACGCUACGGAUGUAACCAAACAUUACAUUCACUUAAAAAUCAGAUUCAGCAACCUUUGACAUGAAGGCUUCAUAAUCAGUGUAAUAAUUUUGACAUUAUGCAAGUAUAAUUGUGAUAGUUCGUUAAUAAUCAUAAUUAUUAUAUUAGGUAUUUUUGAUAAAACAGUAUAUACAAAAAGUACAUAUCUCUGCACUGUAAAUAAAAUGUGUUGGAAAUAAAUAUGGUAUCUAGUGAUUCUAUUGACAUUACUUAGUUAUUCACUGUUCUCAUUAUUUUAUUAAAAUUAAAUAAGAUAAUAAAUUUAAUCAAUUUAGGUACCAUAAUUUCAUUAAAACUUCUAAAUUGUUUUCACAAGUUUGAAGUCAAAAUUGUCAUCACUAAAAUUCAAUGCAUUGAACGUACUAAGAACAAUUACUUACUUUAUUUAACAUUAUUGAAAAUUAAAUUAAAAUUAAACACACUUUUAUUCCAAACCAAGAAAAUAUUGUUUAAACUCUGGGCUGAAAAAAUCACUUGGGUGAUGUUACAUUCCAUAUACAUUUUGAAUGUUCACUAAUAUUAAUACAAUUAACAGCUGAAAACUAUACCCAGCAUUACAUUAAACCUAUUACAAAAUUGAUUCUUAACUUUGUAUACAUUUUUAAUCCAUUACAUAAUAUGAUGGAACUAUAUAACCUGUCCAGCAGAGCAAAGAAAUAAAUUAGCAUAUUAAAAACCAUAGAAUUAUAUAUUAUUAUAAUAGAUUUAAAAACCAUCCCUUUUUGGUAUAUCUACUACAUGGUCCAUACUAACAAUGAAUAUGAUAUUAAAAUUAUGUUAAUUUCAUUAACAUCAAUUAAAAUAUUCUUAUUAACAUUAAUAUUAACAAUAAUUUCAAUAUUAUUAAUUUGUUACUAUCACUAAUUCUAGAAAAAUGCCAUAUAUAGUUAGUUCACUGUUCAUACUUUAUCAGCCAUAGCACGGUUUUGGGAAUAGUUUAUUGGUAUAGUACUUGGUUAACAGUUAAUGCCUGAAUUCUAUAUACAGUACGUACAGGGUAAAGAAACCUCUGCAAGCCUGAUACAACAGUAGCAAUGCUAAUUUGACAUCAAAAAUAUCAAUUCCAACAAUAAAACUUUUGCCAGUUACAUAUCCACCAUAAAAUAUAAACAAUAUAUAGGUAAAUAAAGGAUAAAACAUUUUUCAAAUUGGUUACAAUAAAACACUGUUUCACAUGGGAUUCCAAACAUGAAUAAAACAGCCAUACAAUUUGACACGUCCACUCUUCAAUCAUGCAAUAUAUCUAAAAUUUCAUCACUAUUGUUUUUUUAAAGAGAUCAUCGUAAAAGAUAACAUAGCUUAAAAAAUAUCUGCUAUUGGUAACUGCGUACGAUUUACGAGCACAUCUUUCUCAUCAAAAGUCUAGUACUUGGCAUCCUAUCAUUUCAAUAUAAACUGGUUGCAUUUGUGGUCAAUUAAAAUGGUCUAUGACAUUGAGUCUUAGACAAAUCAUGAAAGACACUUGGAUAUAAAAAAUAAAAGUUUGUUGGAACUUAUUCUUAUUACUGCAAUUUAUGCACCAGUACAUUCAUGUAUUUGGGUCACCUUCCUCCAAACAAACCUAAACUGAUGUAAUUAAUAAAAAAAUAUAAACAAAAAAUAGAAAUAAAAGUAAAUUAUUAAUUUGAGUAUUCACUCACUAAAAUACACAACAGAGUAAAAAAAAUGAGAAAGUAAAUAUUAAGUUACCUAUAAAUACUUACUGUUUCUAAAAAAUAUAAUAAAACUAUAAAACUAAUAAAAAUAUACAGAUAAAAAGACAAAGAACACUUAAUAUGGAACACCAACUGAACAAAUUAUAGCACAGGAUAUAAAUAAAGAACAAAAUAAUUAGCACAAUAUACAUCAAUAAUCAACAAACACAUACAAGCUCAGUAUAAUGAACACUUAUAUAAAGCAACUCAGCCCUGAACAUGUAUAAAUGCAACCUCCAUACACAUACUCAAAUCAAAACCUCUAUAAUUCAAAACUAUUCACAAACUUAGCUCUGAACCUGUAUAAUUCAGACCUUCACACAAACUCUGGUUGUUACAUGCAACCUCAGUUCUGAAUAUGUGUAACAAUCCACCUUUCAAAAUUGCAUAUCAAAAUAGAGAAACAAUGCAUAUACCAAUAUAACGCACAACAAAACCAAUGACUUAUCUCAGCAAAAAAAAAAGAAGUUUGGUUGAAAAACAGAUAAACUCUAUAAAAUCUUGAAGGGAAUGUUAAAGACAAUUACUGUUUAUUUUCUCACAAUUUACAUAAAAAAAAAAAGAAAAAAAAAAGAAAAAAUUAUGAAUAUCACAAAGUCGUAUUUCUGUCAUCGCCCUAUAUCAUUAAUUCACAAAUAAUGUUCCUUAUUGUUUUUUUCUCAAAUUU